UCAAUAUUUCUACACCAUACACAAAGGUCGUCAUGGAUUUUUCUAAUAAAGUGGUUAUUAUAACCGGUGCAAAUUCUGCAUUAGCGGCAGCAACUGCAACACUUUUAUCAAGUUAUGGAGCACAACUCAUUUUAGUUAGUAGCAAUCCAGCCGAAAUUAAAGAACUAUCAGACGAACUGGUAAAACCGCAUGUUAAAACUCCUUUAUUAAUAACAGCUGAUGUCACCAAAGAAGAAGGCGCGAAGAGAGUUGAAAGAGAAACAGUUAAUCAUUUUGGUAAAGUUGAUGUCGUUGUUAACGCCGCCGGUGGAAUGGUACCCGAUUGUAUUCAGAAACCAGAUCUAAAAGCAUUUGAUGAGAACAUCAAUUUAAAUUUACGUUCCGUGUAUUUAAUGACAACAAUAUUCGCCCGCCACUUAAUGAGAUCUAGAGGAAAUAUCGUUAACAUAGGAAGUGUUUUUGUUGAUACAAUAUUUUCUGGACAUGUCACCUACAACAUAGCAAAAGCCGGCAUUGAAUAUUUAACAAAAACAUCUGCAUUAGAAUUAGCCAACAAAGGUAUCAGAGUUAACUGCGUUAAGCCUGGAUUCACGGAGACCAACGUUACACCAAAGAUGCAUAAAUGUGAAGACAAGAAACCUUGGGAAGACGCUACGAGAAUGGUUCCGCUUGGGAAACUUAUAAAUGGACGAGAUAUCGCUGAGGCUAUUGUCUUCUUAGCAAGCGAACAGGCUAAAAAUAUUACCGGUACUAGUAUUAUUAUAGAUGGUGGGUUAGCUUUGAGUGGUACGACUGUUAUUGAUAAGAUUCGGACCGCUUUUGAUUAAUCGGAAAGGGAUUAACUUAGUAAAAACAAAAAUAAUACAGACAUAACAUCGUAUAUAUUAUAAAGAUUACAAAUGAAUUUACUUGGUGGUAGGGCUUUGUACAAGCCCGUCUGGGUAGGUACCACCCACUGAUCAGAUAUUCUACAGCCAAACAACAGUAUUCAGUAUUAUUGUGUUCCGGUUUGAAGGGUGAGUGAGCCAGAGUAACUACAGGCACAAGGGACGUAACAUCUUAGUUUCCAAGGUUGGUGUCGCAUUGGUGAUGUAAGGAAUGGUUAAUAUUUCUUACAACGCCAUUGUCUAUGGGCGGUGGUGACCACUUACCAUCAAGUGGCCCAUUUGCUCG